AUGAUAACAAUAGCUUCAAUGAUUACACAUGUACUAAGUUUCAGAGGAUUUUAUGGUAAUAAGCAAGCUAAACAUAGAAAAGUUCUUGAUAUGAAUGAUUCUUCUAUGAAAGAGACUAUGGUAUACAAAGAUUCUAAUGGUGCUAUACAUAUUGCAGAGAGGGAAGGUCCAAAUUGUGCAUGGGGUGAGUUUAAGGUGGUUACUGGCAGACCUACACAUAAAAUAAUGAGAUUAAUAUCAUCUUAUGGUGAUGGUAAUAUGCUUUUAAAGAAAGAGUAUGAUGAACCUGGUAAGACUAUUGCAAAAAAUUCACACAGGCAUAGAAAGCAACCACGUAUGCAUAGAAAUGACUACUGA